UUCAUCAUUUCAUACUCCAUAUCAUAUAUAAAAAAUGAUGAAUCCAUCAUCACUAUUCUCUCUCCUCCUCCUCUUCCUCCUCCACUCACCACUCACCACCACCGCAAACUCCACCGUCUACCUCUCCAAAACCACCUUCUUCUCCGACUACUCUAAAAUGCUCACUCACCUCAAAAUCUUCAUCUAUCCACUUCCACUCCAACAACAACAGCAACAACAACAAAACAACACUACUAUUUUCUCUCUCCUCCAUAAUUCUCUUUUAACCUCUAAUUUCCUCACACUUAACCCAAAUGAAGCUACUCUUUUUUUCCUCCCUUUCUUACCUACUUCCACGCGCUCACUCUCGCGUCACAUUGAUCAUAUUCGUACUUCUUACUCUUACUGGGAUCGUUCUCUUGGUGCUGAUCAUUUUUACUUCUCUUGUAAUGGUGUAGGUCCCACUUCAACACGAAACGUCGUCGAAUUGAAGAAAAACGCUCUUCAGAUUUCUUGUUUUCCGUCACCCGCACGUGAGUUUAUCCCUCAUAAAGACGUCACUGUAUUUUCUCCACUUUUAGUUAACCCACGCGCUUCUCUUGAGAGUCCUCCUCCCACGCGCUUUCUUGGGUAUUGGAGGUUUGUUGACGUGGUACACUCGGGUGUAGAUAUGAUUAAUGGGUUAAGAAAUGAUCCCGACUUUUUGAUUGAAUCUGAGCCGUCUGAUGGUGAUUAUGAUGGGAAGAUUGUUCAGAUUCGAAGUAGUAAGUUUUGUUUGUUUGUUUAUGAUGGUGAGGGAGUGGUGGGAUUGAGUGUGGCGAUUGCGUAUGGGUGUGUUCCUGUUGUGAUUACAGACCGUCCGAUACAAGACUUGCCUUUUAUGGACGUGAUUAAAUGGUCAGAGAUCGCGUUGUUUGUGAAGUCAACGGUGAAGUCAAAGGAGUUUAAGCGCGUGUUGAUGAGCGCGUGCGAGGAUGGCGCGUAUGAGAAGAUGAGAAGAUUGGGUGUAACUAUAGCACACCAUUUUGCAUGGAAUGAAUCUUCACUAGAGCCGUACGAUGCGUUUUACAUGGUAAUGUAUCAAUUAUGGCUUAGAAGACAUGCCAUAAGAUAUGCAAAGUGGGACAUGAUAUGAUAUAAUAUGAUAAUCUAUCGUUGUUGGUUUUUGAUUAGUACAACAAAAAUGUGUUUGAUUCGUUGAUGGUGGAAUAUUCAACGGGUAGUUGUAAUUGACGGGUACGUAGUAGCCAAUAAGAUUUCAUUUGAAUGGAGUGGAGAAUCAGGCAUGCAUGUGCAUGUGGUUAGUUGGUACUACAAAAUAAGUUGGCAUUUGAGGAAGUAUCAAAUAUUGUUACUAUUAUUCAAAUGCUUGAACGUUGUGGUAAAUUAAUGUAUAGUUUCCAUCAUAUUUUUAGAUGGUAAGAUGAGCACGUCUCUCAUACAAUAAUUAAACAAGGUAUAAAUGAUUAAUUGCACUGUU